GCGGCGCCCGCCUCCUUCGCGGCCACUCCGCCUCUCCCAACCCGACGUCCCUUCCUCUGCCCCUUCCUUCUUCCCCUCCUCGCCGCCGCCCAGGACCGCCGGCCGGGGGACGAGCCCGGGGCAGCAGCCAGGAGUUUCCUAACCACGUAACCUCUCAGAACUGAACCAAAACGACAUUGUUGCUGAAGCACUUGUUUUUAAGGUAGAACUUUAGACUUCAUAGCACUGAAUUAACCUGCACUGAAAGCUGUUUACCUGCAGUUGUUCACUUUUGUUGAAAGUGACCAUGUCUCAAGUUCAAGUGCAAGUUCAGAACCCAUCUGCUGCUCUCUCAGGGAGCCAAAUACUGAACAAGAACCAGUCUCUUCUCUCACAGCCUUUGAUGAGUAUUCCUUCUACUGCUAGCUCUCUGCCCUCUGAAAAUGCAGGUAGACCUAUUCAAAACUCUGCUUUACCCUCUGCAUCUAUUACAUCCACCAGUGCAGCUGCAGUUCCUCCUAACAUGGCACACCCUAAAGAGAAAACCCCAAUGUGUCUUGUGAAUGAGUUAGCCCGUUUCAACAAGAUUCAGCCUGAGUAUAAGCUUUUGCGUGAGCAAGGUCCAGCUCACUGUAAGGUGUUUACAGUACAGCUAACACUUGGAGAUCAGCACUGGGAAGCUGAAGGAACUAGUAUUAAAAAAGCCCAACACACAGCUGCUGCCAAAGCUUUGGAAGGAACAAAAUUUCCUAAACCUAUAGUCCGCCCUUUCCGUAGCGAAGGAAGAAAUCCAGAAAGCAUAACCCCUACUGUAGAGCUAAAUGCGCUGUGCAUGAAACUUGGGAAGAAACCGAUGUAUAAGCCUGUUGACCCUUACUCUCGGGUGCAGUCCACCUAUACCUACAACAUGAGAGGAGGUGCUUAUCCCCCAAGGUACUUUUACCCAUUUCCAGUCCCACCUUUAGUUUAUCAAGUUGAACUUUCUGUGGGAGGACAGCAAUUUAAUGGGAAAGGAAAGACGAGACAGGCUGCAAAACACGAUGCUGCUGCGAAAGCCCUGAGGAUCCUGCAGAGCGAGCCCCCCCCCGAGAGGCUGGAGGUAAAUGGAAGAGAGUCAGAAGAAGAAAAUCUCAAUAAAUCUGAAAUAAGUCAAGUGUUUGAGAUUGCACUUAAACGGAACUUGCCUGUGAAUUUUGAGGUUGCCCGGGAGAGCGGCCCACCCCACAUGAAGAGCUUUGUGACCAGGGUGUCGGUUGGGGAGUUUGUGGGGGAAGGUGAAGGGAAGAGCAAGAAGAUUUCAAAGAAAAAUGCUGCUAUAGCUGUUCUCGAGGAGCUGAAGAAGUUACCACCCCUGCCUACAGUGGAGCGGGUGAAGCCUAGAAUCAAAAAGAAAACAAAAUCCAUAGUCAGGCUACAGAGCGGCCCCGAGUAUGGCCAGGGGAUGAACCCGAUCAGCAGACUGGCCCAGAUCCAGCAGGCGAAGAAGGAGAAGGAGCCGGAGUACCUGCUACUCGCCGAGCGGGGCCUUCCGCGACGCAGGGAGUUUGUCAUGCAGGUGAAGGUGGGGAACCACACGGCAGAAGGCUCAGGCACCAACAAGAAGGCAGCCAAACGCAACGCGGCCGAAAACAUGCUGGAGAUCCUCGGUUUCAAAGUCCCGCAGGCCCAGCCCUCCAAACCUGCCCUCAAGUCGGAGGAGAAGACACCUGUAAAGAAACCAGGGGAUGGAAGAAAAGUAACCUUUUUUGAACCUGGCUCUGGGGAUGAAAAUGGGACUAGCAAUAAAGAAGAUGAGUUUAGGAUGCCUUAUCUUAGUCAUCAGCAGCUGCCUGCUGGAAUCCUUCCCAUGGUGCCCGAGGUUGCCCAGGCAGUAGGAGUCAGUCACGGACAUCACACCAAAGAUUUCACCAGGGUAGCUCCGAAUCCUGCCAAGGCCACGGUAACUGCCAUGAUAGCCCGAGAAUUGUUGUAUGGGGGCACCUCGCCUACAGCCGAGACCAUUUUAAAGAGUAACAUCUCUUCAGGCCACGCACCCCACGGACCUCUGACGAGACCCUCUGAGCAGCUGGACUAUCUCUCCACAGUCCAGGGAUUCCAGGUUGAAUACAAAGACUUCCCCAAAAACAACAAGAACGAAUUUGUAUCUCUUAUCAACUGUUCCUCUCAGCCGCCCCUGAUCAGCCACGGUAUUGGGAAGGACGUGGAGUCCUGCCACGACAUGGCUGCACUGAACAUUUUAAAGUUGCUGUCUGAGUUGGACCAACAGAAUACGGAGAUGCCAAGAACAGGAAAUGGACCAAUGUCUGUGUGUGGGAGGUGCUGAACUUUAUCUGGCCAUGAAUCAUUGAAAAAUCCCAACGUAUAUACUGAAAAUGCUGAAACUGCUUGGAACAUUUGGAAUUUCUGAUACCUCCAGUGGGCCGAGAGACACGAUGGGUAAAGGCCUGGAGAUGGCAGUGGUGAAGACGGCGGGGCCCGAGGAGGCAGCGGUGUGGCUGCUGGCGCAUGGCAGCGCCUGCUGGGGGCCGGGCGGUCUGCAGCCGCCCCGGCUCCCUUGGGAAACCGCAGGCCUGUGCCCCAGGCACCCUAGUGUUGGUUUUGGUGGGGUUUUUUUGUUUGUUUGUUUUGGGUGUUUUUUUUCUUGCUGUGCGGAAGAAGAAACAGAAAGCACCGCCCCUUCUCAGACUGGCUCACUCAGAACACUUUGGGACAAACCCUGGACACCCGCGCUGGAGAGAGAGGGCUGAAAGCCCCAGAGAAAAUCACAUAUGCUUCCUGCUGGGCCGCAGCUGACCUUCUUGGCACGCUCUGGCCCACGCCUCCCGCGGUACCCACACUGUCACCACUGCUCUCUUCCAGGAGAGAUACAUAUUCUUAGUUUCAUUAUUUUCUUUUGAUUGAAAUGACACUAUAUAAAUUUUCAUUUGAGAGUUUCUCAGUUGUAUCUAGUUACAUAGCACAGUUUAGAAGCUUGUCUGAGACUGACUUUAUCAGUAAUCUAACCGGCAAAGAUCAUAUCCAUGUGUAUGUGGUUAUACAUUUUUAUUUCAUUGGACUUAACCCAGGACCCUUUCAGUGAUGCAAAUUGUGUGCCCUCUGGUUUAGCUGAAACAGUCCUGGCUUUGAUGAAACCUUGAUGAAGUCUCCCACAGUGGUAUAAAUUGGACAACUUAGGAAUUUUAAACUUUAACUGAUCAUUUGGUUCCUUUUCUAUUUUAUUUUUUUGUUAAUGCACCAGGAUUUAAAUGAACUUUGAUCUUUGUUUUAAAGAAAAUUGUGUGUAUAUAAUACAACUCUUGAGGACACACAGCUCUCACUACACUACAGGAUAUGGUCUCCGUGUAGCACAUAUACAACUGCAGAUUGAUCUUCCGUGAGUGCUUUAUACUGUUGAUUACAUCUCCAUGAGGGCUGGAAAGAAUGGCCCAUGUUUCUCUCUCCAACUGUUGCUUCUGAAGUCGUGUUGCUGUGCACAGAGAUGUGUGCGGCGAGGUCCCGCAUAACAGCCCACAUGACAAGCACGGUAGCCUUGCGAGUUAAGUACUGCUUGGAUUCGUUGUUUACGCUGGAAUUUUUUCUCCCCAUGGAAUGUAAGUAAAACUUAGUGUUUGUCACCAAUAAAUGGUAAUACUAAAUUUUUUUUUUUUGUUAAUUUAUUCUCAAAUGCCACUACUGCUAGGUUGGUCCUUCCCAGCCUGCCCCCAACCCCUUUUUUAUUUUUAAGAGAAAAACUUUGUAAUGCUUGUGAUUUCAUUUGGGCAAAAUUCUGAAGAUCUGAAAUAACUUUAUAUCAAACCAUUGAUCAAUAAACAGCUACUAAUGAA